CUAAUAAAAAGUUCAACUCACCCUUUGUCUGGGAUUUCACUCGUGUUUUUGAAGGAGUGGGUUCCGUCCACCUCCUCUCUAUAGAAUCGAAGAACCAAAAAAUCUCAGGAAUGGAGGGAAUGAUGCAGGACCAAUCUCAGCUCCAAAAUCAACAACCACCACCGCAGAUCGUGGUACCGGAAAGGCUGAACCAGGCGGUACAGCAGCAGCUCAACUUGGAGGCCGUAAAAACUCGAGCUAUUAGCCUCUUCAAAGCCAUCUCCCGCAUCCUUGAAGAAUUCGAUGCCCAUGCUCGGUCCAAUGUCACCCCCAAAUGGCAAGAUAUUUUGGGGCAAUAUUCUAUGGUGAAUCUUGAGCUUUUCAACAUUGUGGACGAGAUUAGGAAGGUUUCCAAGGCUUUUGUCGUGCAUCCGAAGAACGUUAAUGCAGAAAAUGCUACAAUUCUGCCUGUUAUGCUAUCCUCAAAACUAUUACCAGAGAUGGAAAUAGAUGACAAUUCCAAGAGAGAGCAAUUGCUUCAGGGGUUGCAAAGUUUGCCAAUAUCCUCACAAAUUGAGAAGUUAAAGAAUAGAAUUGAUAUGAUUGCGGCAGCUUGUGAAAGUGCUGAAAAAGUAUUAGAUGAUACUCGCAAAGCCUAUCAAUUUGGUACUCGGCAAGGGCCGACAAUUCUUCCUACGUUAGACAAGAGUCAGGCUGCGAAAAUUCAAGAACAGGAGAAUUUACUUCGAGCUGCUGUAAAUUAUGGUGAAGGACUUAGAGUGACAGGAGACCAGAGGCAGAUCACAUCUGCACUUCCAAUGCAUCUUGCAGAUGUGCUGCUUGUGGGGGAUGGAGGGCAGCAUAAUUUUUCUGAUUCUUCUGGGAUGUACAUGAAAAGCACUCCACCUCUGCCAUCAAAUAGCAUCAAUAAUCAGGGACCUUUACUACAGGCAUCAGGAACAACGCUUAUGGGAAGAUCAGCUGCAUCUCCCUCUGCUGCUACAAGUGCUACUUCCUUUGACAAUACUACAACUUCCCCACUGCCAUAUGCCAACUCACCAAGGUCAAGUGCAAACAUGAUGAACACACCUUCUCCACAGCAACAAACCCAACAGCAGCAGCAGCAGCAGCAACAACAACAACAAAGGCAAAAAAUGAUGCAAUUACCACAUCAACAACAACUCCUUGCUCAGCAACAAUUCAGACAAUCUUCAAUGCAAGGAUUGGGACAGAACCAGCUGCCGCAGCUGCAUGAUUUGCAGGGACAGAAUCAGCAGAAGUUUCAGCAGUUACAUGGACAGCAUCAGAUGCAAUUUUCUCAGCCACUGGGACACCAGCAAUUUCAGGGUAGGCAACUGCCCUCUGGACAUGUUCAGCAUGGAAUGGGCCAAAACCCGCUUAACCAAGGGAAUCCAUUAAAUCGCCAUUUGAGCCAGUUUUCUGGUACUGCAAAUAAUGCACUGUUUAAUGCUGCUCAGGGGGCACCAAAUACCCAGAUGAUUCCAAACAUGUCAGCUACAAUGUCGUCUCAGCCACUUGUGCCCCGAAUGCAGUUUGGAUUAUCUGGUAGCAAUCCCCAGAGGAGUCAUGCAUCCCAAAUUCUGAAUGAUCAAAUGUUCAAUAUGGGAGUGUCGAAUCCUGGUAGUAUGAUGCCCAUACAGCCACAGCAGCCUCAACAACAGCAGCAGCUUGGUUCUCAAGGUGCAUUUGGUAAUAUGCCACCAAAUGCACAGAAUCUACAGUCCAAUAUGGUGACUCUGCAGAACGCAUCGCAAAAUCACUCCAAUUUUGUACAACAGAGACAGCAGAAUCAGCAGUAACUAGAAUACUAUAUUAGUUCAAGCUAACCCCCCACCCUCCUUUCCUUUCUCCUCUUGUACAUUUGGAAUGACGUUAUGUACCAUUGCUUAUGAAGUGUUACAGGUAUUAGAUUGAACUUAUUAUUUAGUAUAUAUAUAGAGGGCUAUAAUUAUCAUCAGAAUAUAAAUUUUUAUGCGAUUUCCACUC